AUGGAGAGGCGCAAGACUCAACUGAAACGUGAUACUACUCUCCCCAACGCGAUGCAACGAGUAUGGGUCUCAGCCGUCUCUCCCACCUACUCUUCGACACGUAAGGUUUCGGCUCGGCGUUUGAUGAGUAAGAUGGUGUUUUUCUCUGCAUUCCUAAGCGUCAUGCUCUCAGUCCUCUCUCGGCUACCUGCACUCCCAAUAUUCUUCGUAACAUUCAAACAGGCUCGUAGUCUCAUGAACAUGCACUGUUCUUCGCUGGUUGUCUGCGGUUUUGUGGUGAUCCUUACAGGAACUGAAAUGCGGGGCAUUUUGUAUAUCCCAUCUGAACCGUAUCACCGGAAGCCGAUCUUAUCUUAUCUUAUCGUAACCCUCCGCGCUUGGGCAACUUCGCUUCCUUCCUUCCUCAUUGCCAACCAGCUGCCAACCAGCUCAAAAAUCAAACCUUUCUUUCAAUCUCACUGA